CUUGACGCGGUGGAACGGACGCAGUUUGAGGCAGAGCCGCUGUGGAGGCAAGAGGAGGAGGAGGAGAAGAGGAGGAAGAAGGAGGAGGAGGAGGAUGGCUGCGGAUAUCCCUUCAUAGAAAUGACCCAUAUCUCUGCGCGCGGACACGUUUGACAUCCUGGACACUUCUUCUGACUGAGCUCUUCUCUCCACCCGCACCAAGAUGUCCGCGUCCGCGAUCUUCAUCCUGGACCUGAAGGGGAAGGUGCUGAUCUGCCGUAACUACAUGGGGAACAUGGACAUGAACCAGAUCGACCACUUCAUGCCCAUCCUGAUGAAGAGGGAGGAAGAGGCUGAGAUUACGCCGCUGGUCUGCCAUGGCUCCACACACUUCCUCUGGCUCAAACACAGCAACCUUUACCUGGUGGCGAUGACCAAGAAGAACGCCAACGCUGCUCUCGUUUACGCCUUUCUUUAUAAAAUAAUCCAGGUAUUUAAGGAGUACUUUAAGGAGCUGGAGGAGGAGAGCAUUCGGGACAACUUUGUGAUGGUGUAUGAGCUGAUGGACGAAGUGAUGGACUUCGGCUUCCCUCAGACGACCGACAGCAAGAUCCUGCAAGAGUACAUCACCCAGCAGGGUCACAAAUUAGAGGUCGGCGCUCCUCGGCCUCCGGCCACCGUCACCAACGCCGUGUCCUGGCGGUCCGAGGGCAUCAAGUACAGGAAGAACGAAGUUUUCAUGGACGUCAUCGAGUCUGUGAAUCUGCUGGUGAAUGCCAACGGCAGCGUCCUGAGCAGUGAAAUAUUGGGCACCAUAAAGCUCCGAGUGGUCCUGUCGGGGAUGCCUGAACUCAGACUGGGCCUCAAUGACAAAGUGCUGUUUGAAAUCACAGGCAGAGAGAAGAGCAAGACAGUGGAGCUGGAGGACGUGAAGUUUCACCAGUGCGUCCGUUUGUCACGUUUCGAGAACGACCGCACCAUUUCCUUCAUCCCACCUGACGGCGAGAGCGAGCUCAUGUCGUACCGCCUUAACACAACAGUGAAGCCUCUUAUAUGGAUCGAGAGCGUGAUUGAGAAGUACUCUCACAGCCGUGUGGAGAUCAAGGUGAAGGCUCGGAGUCAGUUUAAGAGUCGCUCCACUGCCAACAACGUGGCCAUCAUGGUGCCGGUGCCCAGUGAUGCUGACUCGCCCAAGUUCAAGACCAGCACGGGCAGCGCCAAGUGGGUCCCCGAGAAGAGCAUGGUGCAGUGGAACAUCAAGUCUUUCUCGGGUGGUAAGGAGUACUUGAUGCGGGCCCACUUUGGGCUCCCCAGCGUGGACAGCGAGGAGCUGGAGGGGAAGAGACCGAUCACAGUUAACUUUGAGAUCCCUUAUUUCACUGUGUCUGGAAUUCAGGUGCGAUACCUGAAGAUCAUAGAGAAGAGCGGUUACCACGCCUUGCCGUGGGUGCGCUACAUUACACAAAGUGGAGAUUACCAGCUCCGGACAAACUAAAGGGCACAGAUGCUGCUAGACGAAUGGAUCUCCUCCUCUCCUCCUCUCCUCCUCUCCUCUUCUCCUCUUCUCCUCCCCUCUUCCUCUUCCUCUUCUCUCCUCACGUCCUCUCCUCUUCCUUUUCCUCUUCCUCUCCCUCUCCCUCUCCCUCUU